AUGACGGCGACAGCAGCAACAACAACAACAACAACAACCUGCCGGCUGUCCGACGAACUGACAGGCAUCAGCGUCAGUCAUUUUAGCCAACUGGACCUGGGUCUGUGCCUCGGCUCGGACGUGGACAUGGACAUGGACAACAACAUGAAACAUCAUUACCCAAAGGGGGCAACCUUUUCGGCUGGUGCGGAGGUGGGGGCGGUGCGACGUUGCGACCCACGACAAAGCAAAGAGCAACAGCAGGAGAACGUAAUGAAGUUAUUUGUCCUGGGGCCAAACGAAAUCAACGCACAUAUCCUUUUUGGCAAUUGCAACGCGCUGUCGCAUAAAUCAUUUGCCACUCGCAUGAAAUUGGGCAUAAAUUUGCUCCACUUUGCCAUGGAACAGCAGCGGCUGAGGCAGCGGCAGCGGCAGCGGCUGGAAGCAGCCGAAAACGAAAGGAUAAAAAUUUACCUUGGAGCCGUGGAUAAAAGUAAUAGCACAGAAACUGGACAACAAAUUGUGAUCGUGGAAGCUGGCAGUUAUGUGAUUCAUGAAGAGUAUAAUUUUAUCAAUAUCGUCAACGAUAUAGCUUUAAUUAAACUACCAAAUGAUCUGGAGUUCAACCAGUAUAUUCAACCAGCUAAAUUGCCAGAACCCAAUAGCCUUCAUGUACACAAAAAUGCUAUUGUCUCCGGUUGGGGCAGAGUUAAAGGUUUCGUAACAACUGAGCAUUUGCAAUAUACGAAUGUGAAAACAUUAUCAAAUGAGGAAUGCAAGAGUAUGAUCCCUUCUGAUAAUAAGUUUUAUUCACAUUGGCUAUGUGUUGCACCUAAUGAGAAAAGGACGUGCAAAGGAGACUCUGGUGGUCCAUUAGCCGAAAGAAACCCUGAUGGCUCUAGCACCGUGAUUGGUAUCGUAUCGUUUGGAUUUGGCCCUUGCCUUUCAAACUUUCCCACUGUUUUUACUCGGGUUGCAUACUUCCUAACCUGGAUCGCUGAACACAUCAACGAGCCCUAAAUAUUCUUUACGACAAUCAUGAAUAUUAAAUAACAAUAUAUACCAAAUAAAAUCUGCAUGAACUUUA